UGUAAACUCAGUGUAGUUAGUCGGAACCAUUUGAGGGGCGGACGCUCUUCCGGAAGCUGUCAGCUGUGUACAUCGAAUCAACUGCAAUGAGUUUUGAGUGGCCCUGGCAAUACAAUUUCCCACCGUUUUUUACGCUCCAGCCCAAUGUGGACACCAGGCAGAAGCAGCUGGCGGCCUGGUGCUCGCUGGCUCUGUCCUACUGCCGGCACCACAAGCUCUACACCCUGGACGUGAUGGAGGCUCAGGAGAGCCCCGUGUUCAACAACAAGAAGGUGGAACGAAAACUGUCAGUAGAAGCAAUUCAGGUGGUGUUUGAGGAAUUGAGGAAAAAAGGGAACCUGGAGUGGUUGGACAAGAACAAGUCCCGGUGUUUGGUCAUGUGGAGGCGGCCGGAGGAAUGGGGGAAGCUGAUCCACCAGUGGGUUUCCAGAAACGGGAUGGUCAACUCUGUGUUCACCCUGUACGAGUUGUCCAACGGUGAUGACACCGAGGGGGAAGAGUUCCACGGCCUGGAGGACUGGAUGCUGCUGCGCUCGCUGCAGGCGCUGCAGGCAGACGGCAAGGCGGAGAUCAUCACCAUGGACGACGGAAGGGGGUCAAGUUCUUCUGACGCGGUGCUGGAAUCACACACACACACACACACACACACACACACGCGUGCACGCGCGCACUCCGUCUGGGGAAGGCCCGCCACUCCACCCCGAGGGGGGGGGCACGUUUUUUCCCAAGAUGCACCUGAAUACUGAGCCCGGAGGGCAGUUGAUGUCGCAUUUUAGUUUGUUCAAAGCCCUCUGUUUUUUGGAAGAGAAUCGAUAUCUUUUAGUGUGUUUUUUUUUUCCGUGGAGUGGCAUUUAAUGUGACGCCACAUUUAAGUGUCACUUGUAGCCGUUUAAACAUGCAAUGGGCCUUUUUUCAGGGGAAUGAAUACUGUCUGAACACUCCUGGGGGGUGGGGGGGACCUCUCCUCUCCUCUCCCUACCAGCUGUUUCUUUAUUGUAAAUACGACUAGUUUUAUCCUGAUUUACUUCUUGUUAACAAAUCUCCUCGGCAUGUAGCUGUGCACCUGUUUUUGCUCGGCUGUCCCAAAGAAAUCCAAAACGCGCCACCAGGGGGACUUCUUGUUUGGAGAAGAGGGACAACACACAGACUCUGAACCACCAUCCUGGCUCUCACCCAGAUUGCUGUCCUCCUAUUAUUGUGCUGUAGCUUCGGUUAUUUCCCUCUUUCUUUCUUUCUUUCUUUUUUCAUAUCCUGAAAAUAAAUUAGAAAUUUGUUAUACUC